UUCCCUGAUAUCUUCAAUGAUCUUAGCCUGCAUCUGUUCGAAGAGCCUUCAGCUGAUUUGAUCCAAGGAAUCUCCGCCCCUGUAUAUAGUUCUACAUCAGAGUUUAUAAUAUAGUGAUCAAUUAAAUGAGGGUUCAGGAUCAACUAUAUAUAUUUAUAUAUAUAUUUUUAGUUAAACUUCAUCUAAUUAUCUUACCCGUCUAUACAAAUGCCAAGGGAAUUACUUUUCUCAAGUUGAAACUGACUGACAGUGGAAAAUCUUGAUAAAACUUGGAUGGUUAAUGUAACUGGUACAUUACCAUCACAUUAUUUAACUAUUCCCUGCCCUUUUUAUAACAAUUUUUUUCAAAUAUAAAUUUUGGGCUUUUUCACGAUUUUCAUUUGUAUGAAUCUGUGGUAUUUCUAUUUUUAUUAUUUUCAGAGCUCUCUGUUUAUCUAUGGGAAAAGUAUCAGGGAUCCGGAAGCCGCCAGAAAGUCUGAUUCGUAUGAAUUUUCUUCACAAGGCAGCAGAACUGGUAUCUGUUAGCUGUCCUAUUCUUGCAGCUGGGCUUUGUGGUCAACUGAAACAAAUUAGUCAAAAAUCUCAAGUAAAAAUACAUAGAGAUAUCAAGCGGAAGAUUUGUAAGGGUUGUAACGGGUUGUUAAAGGCAGGACGGACUGCGGAUGCAAAUAUUUUUGGGAAACAUAGAUCUCAGAAGAAGAUUGGACUCACCUGCCGUAUAUGCUAUACAAGAAAAUCCUUCCUUCUAGCUGAACCAAAGAAAAAGGUUCGCGUUAAGAAGGAGAAGAAAAAGAAAAAUGACGGAAAGAACUAAGGAAACUUAUCUUGAAGUAUUCUUGGAGUUCCUUGAGAUUUUUGUCCAUCAGGUUGUUUACCUACGCGAAAUCUACCCAACCAGUAUAUUCGUAAAAAAGAAAAAAUACCGAACCCCUGUCAUGAUGUCAGAGCAUCCCUGGGUGAAUGAGUAUAUUGAGAGAACAUUAACUAGUCUUCUUGAAUAUAUUAAGAGCCCUGGUCCUCACAUUACCUGUAUCUAUAUUGUGCUCUUUUCUGGAGGAAUUCUUCAAGAGAAAUAUGUCGUGGAAAUUGAUUUACAGAGUAUUCUCACAUCUGUGUCCAUGGAGGAUGAAUUCUGGAUUAAACUUGAACUCAGUUUUCUCAGUUGCUUGCAAAGAUUGAGCCAAGUUGUGCAAAGUAGUUUAAAGGAUUUGCCGGAAGAUAUUGAAUGGUGGCUUGAGGUGGAAACUACUGAAUCUGGAUUGCUGAAACUAACAAAAUCUCUAGAUUGGGGAAUAGCAUCUUCAAGAUCAACUACUCCGUCCACCAAUGGCAUUUUGGUUCCUAUUAUUUCCAUUGAUACUCCUAUUACGUUCAAUCUGUUAAUAGAAACCUACAACUUGUAACCUGCAAGAUUACGAAAUUUUGAUAAUAAACUAUUUUUUUAAAAUUUAA